UGAGGAUGCUUUUUAGUGAGUUCAUCUUUAUAUUGAUCUUAGGUGAUGAGUAUUCUUAGUAAGACUUUAGACAGAAGGAAAAUCCUGAUAUUUCUAAAUCAAUAAGCUUGUCAUAUCCUAUUUUUCAAACUGAUAUGUAAUAAUACAAAGUUUAAGAACUUUUAAGGUGGGCCUGAAGCGGGAAUGUUCUUCAUAUGAGAAAUUUCACCCAGAAAGUUUUCUAAAACAAUUAGUAAUUCUCUGUGCCUAAAUUAUGUCACAGAUAACUACAAGAACAAAUGAAUUGAUAAAGUCUUCAGUGACAGGAUAUGGGACAGGAGUGACUGAUGGCAGAAUCACUCAGGAUGAGCUUUCUUUCUCUUCCUUGAAUUGAUUCUAUGGGCUGGAAGACUGACUAACCUCUUCAUUAGUUCAUUAUCAGUCCCCACCUGUGACUACAGAAAUGGAAUGUGAUUCCUCACCCAGCCUUCCUCCAGGCUCAUUCUCCAUGAAAAAAGUCUCUUAAACAGGGUUAAACAAAAUCUGAGUUGACUUCUGUUCCCGUUUUAGGACAUUUGGAGAAGACAGUAAGGGGAAAAUUUAGUCAAGGGCUAAAACUCUUGCGGGAAAUAUGGAGAAUUUUUUUCUUUAUGUGGUCUUCCAAGAGACGGUAUGCAUAAAGGGUUAAAAGUGCAAGUCUGCAGCAAAACUUUCUGGGUUCAGGUUCCAUUUAAAGCACUUUCUAGAUCUGUAACCUUGGGCAGCUUUUUAUUGCCUCAGUUUCCUUUCUUACAAAAGAGGGAUUACAGUAGUACCUACCUCAUCGAUCUCUUGAGGGGACUGAAUUGUUACAACCAAAACCUAGAGUACUUAGAACGGUGCCCCUAGUGAUAAUUCUUGAUUGAGUGAUUCUACAUUAAUCAUAACUACAGUAUGGCCCUUGAAAACACAGGUUUGAACUUCAGGGGGUCCACUUAUACACAGAUUUUUUUUUUUUCAAGUAAAUACAAAUUGAAAAUGUAUUUGUAGGAUUCAAAUCCCAUGUGUAGGGAGGGCCAACUUUUCCCAUACCUGGUUCCUCAGGGCUGACUGUGGGACUUGAGUGUGCAUAGAUUUUGAAAUGAAUCCCCUGCGUAUACUGAGGGAUGAAUAUACAUAAAAUUAAUAAAGAGCAUUACAUGGAGGCCUUCAGGCACUAAUUCUAAAAUACUUAGUUUGUUGAGACCUUGUGGGGAAAUAGGAGGUAGACUGAAAAACAGGACAGUAAGCCACAGGUCUGGGCAGGGUCCUUAAAGAAGCCAUGGAGUCCCUAAUCACCUCAGAUUUUCCAGUAACUGGAGGUAUCCACAGUGAAGCUGCGAAAGAGCAAAGUUGGCAGCCUGCCCAUCCCUCUGGGAGCUUCAUCCCAGGGAGGUUCAAAACCUCUGUCAGCCAGAAAGCGUCGGCGCGAGGGUAGCUGGAGACACUGGUUGGGAGGUCACGCCCGGUGAGAGGAACAGGAUCAUGGAGCCACUUUAAAAAGCAGUCUGGCCACGUUUCCUAGGCCAGCCUUCUUUUUAACAAGAAAACUGGCCUUUCACAGAGCUUAAAUAGUUGAACCGAGUCUUACAGCUACUAAGCACUCAUCCAGGGACUCAAGCCCAGGGUCGGUGGCAUCCAGAAGCCCAGCUUUUUCUUUCCUCUCUCCCUAGUGCCCCACAACCUGGUAAUGAAAAAGGUGCAGGCAUUCUUGGUCCCUAAACUCAACCUUAUUCAGUCCUUUUCUCAGUCUCCUUCCUCCCAUUCUUGAUUUACCAUUCCCCUUUCUACCCUGGGAGGGGAAGCAUCUGGACUUUGACAGCCCUUGUUUUUAAAUUGCCAAGGUAAGAAGAGUUAGUUGAAGAGCCGCUAACGGUUGUAGCCAUUUAGCCCUGAAUGUGGUUGUGCCCACCUAGCUGGCAGGUCCCUGAAUGCGGUCAUGUGCACUUCGCUGCAGUGUCCCUGAAUGUGGUCGCAUCUACUUCGCUGGGCUCCACCUCUAUGCCCCUGCUGCUUCCCUGCAGGCUCCAAGAACGCCUGGGAGAGCUGGGAGAACAUGGUUUGAGGCAAACGCUUCGUUCCACAUCCCUAUUGGGACUUUAGUGAGGAGUAGGUUUUUACUGAAUUAUUAUAGGCCAUACUUCACCUGAGUUAUGGCCACCAAACCUUGCUACAGCUUUUUCAGUUCUGUCAUCACUAGGAACCUGUGCCUAUGUGGCAAUAAACUCCACAGCAUGUCAGACCUUCCUGUCUACCUGGAUAGGUAGAAGGGGAAAUACUGCUUCUCCCAUGGGUGGGGCAUUAUUUGUAAUGUCAUUGUAAGACUAACUUCCUGGCAGCAAAACACCUGCCUACUUCCUGCCCAUAAGCCUCUAAGAGGGAAAGUACUGGGUGCAGUGUUUGCAGAAGGUGACAUUGCUUGUCUGGUUUCCUAGGAACCAACGUGACAGCCAGCUGCAGCCCAGCUGACUCUGGUGAGACCUGGUCAGAACUCAGGAGCUGGUUCUCAUUCCUCCAAGCCUGAGGCCUCUGCCAGCCUACCCCCACCCCCUGUUACUUGUGUCCCCUGGGGCUGUGCUGCUCUGGGGGUGUACCCCCUGCAGAGCCCAAUGGGAGCGGCCCACAGGUGUCACAGAUGUUCUUUUCAGAGGAAGCCAAAGCCAGCAGAGCCAAGGUUGGGGACCUGUGGGCCUCUCUAACCUCCUGCCACCAUUCCCCUCAUUAUUAUUAGUGAGCACUGCAGCUGGGAGGAGGCCAACGCCCCCCUUUGGGAGUUGACAGAAACUCCAUACCAAGUGGCUUUGCACCUACGAACCUCUUUGGGGAAAACAGUGAUUUUCAGUUGAAGGGAUUUCUGUUUAGCCAUAAAAAAGAAUGAGUUCAUGUCCUUUGCAGGGGCAUGGAUGAAGCUGGAAGCCAUCAUUCUCAGCAGACUAACACAGGAACAGAAGACCAAACACCACAUGUUCUCACAAGUGCGAGUUGAACAAUGAGAACCCAUGGACACAGGGAAGGGAACAUCACACACCAGGGCCUGUUGGGGGGUGGGAGGCAAGGGAGGGAGAACAUUAGGACAAAUACUUUAUGCAUGCGGGGCUUAAAACCUAGAUGACAGGUUGAUGGGUGCAGCAAAUGACCAUGGCGCACGUCUACCUAUGUAACAAACCUGCAUGUUCUGCACAUGUAUCCCAGAACUUAAAAAAAAGGGGGGUGAUUUCUGGCCAUUGGAGAAGGCUACUCAUUUCAAAGGAUAUCAAAGGCUGACCCCAAGACAGACGAGUUCUCCCCCUUAAAGAUGCCUUGGGUGGAAGAAGGUGCAUGAGAAAGCAAGUUGCCUGGGCUGUCCCAUUUUCCUACCCUUUUUCCUUUGAAAUUCACUCUUGUUCCUGAUUCUCAGAUGUGGGCCCCAGGGCCAGGUGCCAAAGGACUUCUCACUGGGUGGCUCCAACCUCUUUCUUCCCUGGAUGUCCUGUGACUGUCUAUCUGUGGGCAGGUAACCAUGGCCUCCUGCCCAGCUCAGACUCUCCCAACCCAGGCUGGAGUGUGCCCCAGGCCUUCUAAGGAAAGGCAGGGAUGUCUGGAUGCAGAAGAGGCCCUAGAAAUGAGUAAGAAGGCAGGGAGCUGGCCUUUGUCUUUUUAUGUAAGUGUGAAGAUGAUAGUUGAAUGAUAUGACAACUCUGGGAGACUUGGUAAAUCUCUUUAAAAUGUGAGGUCUUUUUACCACUGUGGUGUCAGGGGAAGUGCUAAUUAACAUUAAUUAGAGAUUCCAUGGACCAAUAAAGUGAGAAAAGAAACAGCCAAAAUUUACUUUGGGUUAGACCUGUUCUAAUUCUAGCCAUUUCUGUAAGCUACAUACUAUUUAUGCCUAGUGACCAUGAAUUAAGACAAUGAUCACACACACACACACACACACACACACACACGUUUGGGAUUGAUUAGUCUUCUAUUGUACCACAACACUCAAUUCCACACACAUGCCCAGGCUUCUGGAGUUGCAGUGAGUUGCCUUGUGCAUCAGGUUGGGGGGGGGGGGACAGUUUUCCAUGGUUUUAGAACAACUGGCAACAACCCUGGCUCAUGGCCUUGAGCCUGAGUGAUGGGACCCUAUUCGGUGUGCUUUGGAGGAGCAGAAAGCUGAGACCUACAAGGGACCCAGGGCCAUGAGCCUGACUAGGAGUCUCUUAACCUGGGUGCUGAUUCAGCAAAGAUGCUCUCUGGACUUGGCAGUGGGGAUGGAGAAGAAGGAAUGGAUUUGAGGCACCUUUAUGAGGUGGUGUGUUAACAUGGGUGUGAGGGAAAUGGUUGAAUUGGGUAACUCUGGUUUCAAGCAUGGGCCAUGCUUGAGUGGAGGGAUGGUCUCACCAUUGAGACAGAAAACGCAGGUGAAGUGAGGAUGUCGAGUUCAGUUUCGAGUUUAGUUUGGACUUGUGGAGGCUGAGUGCCUGUAGGAUAUCAAGUGGCAAUGUCCAUCCAGCAACUGCAGAUUCACCUCUGAGGCUUGGGCAAGAGGUGAGGGCUGGAGGGAAAGGUGUUGGAAGGUGGAAAGGCAUCAGUGUGGAAGGUGGAAUCCAGAGAUGGGGGCAAGUAUGCACAAGAAGAGAAGUGAGCUGAGGAUAGAAGCCUGGGGCAGCCCACAGAGGAGGGACGAGGUGUGGCUGGAGUGUGGAAUUCUGCAGUACAGUUUGUGGUGGUGAAGGUGUGGCUCUUUAAACAGAGGGAUUUAAGUGGAGGUGAAUGAGGAAGGUGGGAUGUCAUUCCCAGGGGAGAGUUUUGUCAAUUGGUCUGUACAGAUGAAAUCUACAAAAUUAAAUUGGGUUCCAACUUCUUGGUAAUUCUCUUGAAUGAAAUUGUAUACAAUGAUUAUGUCUUCCAUUUAAGGUUUAUUAAGAUGUGUUAGAAAAUUGCACGUGGGCUCUUGGACCCCACCAGUUCUCAGUAUCUGAGCCUCAGCCGUAGGGGCUCAGCCAGCCUUCCUGUCCUGGAGCCUUGGGCUAGUACCUCCUGGGCCACCUUCUUACUGCUCUCUAUCAGUACCUCUGUACCCUCCUCCUAGUCAGCCUGUUUUCAUCUGAAAAAGUAGUAUAAUCAUUUCUAAAUGCAAAUGAUACUAAAAGAUAUUCAGUGAUAAGUAAAUCCUCCUCCUACCCAGGCCCCAAUCCUCAGUCCUUCCCCACUCUACCCUGCAGAGCAACUCCUAUUACCAGUGUUGUGUGUAUACAGUAUCCUUUUGGAAAUGCUACAGCUGUGGGCUGAAUCCAGCCAGCUGCCUGUGUUUGUAAAUAAAAUUUUAUUGAAACUCAGCCACACCCACUCAUUGAAAUAUAAUCUGUGGCUGCUUUCCCAUCAAAACAGGCAGAGUUGAGUAGUUGUGACUGAGACAUUAUGGCCCACAGAGCCAAAAAUAUUUACUAUCUGGUCCUUUAAGAAAAAGUUUAGGGUGAGGGUGGUGGCUCAUGCCUGUAAUCCCGCACUUUGGGAGACUGAAGUGGGAGAAUCACUUGAGGCCAAGAGCUCAAGACCAGCCUGGGCAGCAUAGUAAGACCCCAUUUCUACUAAAGGAAAAACUAGCUGGGCAUGUUGGCACACACCUGUGGUUCCAGCUCCUUGGGAGGCUGAGGUGGGAGUAUCACUUGAGCCCAGGAGUUCAACUCUGCAUUGAGCCAUGAUUGCACCAUUGCACUCCGGCCUGGGUGACAGAGCAAGACCUUAUCUCAAAAAAUUAAAAAAGAAAAAGUUUGGUAGCUUAUGCUCUUUGCAUGUAUAGAUACAUAAGUAUACUAUAUAUGCUUCUACGUUUUGCUUGUUUUUAUUUCACGGUGUAUCUUAGAGAUUAUUCCCCAUUGGCAUGUACAUGCAGAUUGGUCUCAGGCCUUUUCUCAUAAUAUAGCAUGGAUGUAAUUUAAUCAAUGCACUGUUCAAGGAUGUUUGAGAUAUUUCCUGUCUUGCCUGAAUACAAAGCACUGUAGGGAACCUCCUUGUUGAAUACAAAACACUAGAGGGAACCACACAGGGCAUCUUCAGGGUGGGUACAUUUAAAACUGACAGCUAUUUCCAAAUUGCCCCCCCAAGGUAGUUAUUAUACCCCCACCUACUACUCUCAGUGAGAAUCAGGCCAUUUUUAUUUUAAGGGCUAAAUUACUAAUCCCUGUGUGAAAAUGAGCAUUAACAAAAUUAAAAAUAAGGAAAAUAUGCAGGUUUACCCAAUUUUGUUAUCUAUACAUUUUAUAAUCUCGAAUACUUAUUAUAGCUCUUUGGGUAUCUGCCCACCACUCUUCUUUCUAAAGGUGGGCUUCACUGGGCUUUCCUUGUUUGACUUCAGAUGUGGAUCUAAUCAGGAUCUGGAGGUAGAAUCAAGACAGAUGUUCCCUUUGGCCUCAGAAUGAAGAUAUUCAAAUGUUGUUUUAAACAUACCCUACAGCAGAAGGUUUUCAUCUUGUUUUUAACCCUAUGGCUGUUCUCCUUGUUAAAGCUUCUAAAUGUGAGACGACUCUUUCCGCAAAGAGACAUUUACUUGGUUGAGUACUCGCUGAGUACGUCACCUUUUGUAAGAAACAGAUACACUCAUGUUAAGGAUGAAGUCAGGUAUGAAGUUAACUGUUCGGGUAUCUAUGAGCAGGAGCCUUUGGAAAUUGGCAAGAGUCUGGAAAUAAGAAGAAGGGACAUCAUUGACUUGGAGGAUGAUGAUGUUGUGGCAAUGACCAGUGAUUGUGACAUUUAUCAGACCCUAAGAGGUUACGCUCAAAAGCCUGUUUCAAAGGAGGAGAAAAGCUUCCCAAUAGCCUAUUCUCUGGUUGUCCACAAAGAUGCAAUUAUGGUUGAAAGGCUUAUUCACACUAUAUACAACCAGCACAAUAUUUACUGCAUCCAUUAUGAUCGUAAGGCACCUGAUACCUUCAAAGUUGCCAUGAACAAUUUAGCUAAGUGCUUCUCCAAUAUUUUCAUUGCUUCCAAAUUAGAGGCUGUGGAAUAUGCUCACAUUUCCAGACUCCAAGCUGAUUUAAAUUGUUUGUCAGACCUUCUGAAGUCUUCAGUCCAAUGGAAAUACGUUAUCAACCUGUGUGGGCAAGAUUUCCCCCUGAAGUCAAAUUUUGAAUUAGUGUCAGAGUUGAAAAAACUCAAUGGAGCGAAUAUGUUGGAAACGGUGAAACCCCCUAACAGUAAAUUGGAAAGAUUCACUUACCAUCAUGAACUCAGACGGGUGCCUUAUGAAUAUGUGAAGCUACCAGUAAGGACAAACAUCUCCAAGGAAGCACCCCCCCAUAACAUUCAGAUAUUUGUUGGCAGUGCUUAUUUUGUUUUAAGUCAAGCAUUUGUCAAAUAUAUCUUCAAUAACUCUAUCAUUCAAGACUUUUUUGCCUGGUCUAAAGACACAUACUCUCCUGAUGAGCACUUUUGGGCUACCUUGAUUCGGGUUCCAGGAAUACCUGGGGAGAUUUCCAGAUCAGCCCAGGAUGUGUCUGAUCUGCAGAGUAAGACCCGCCUUGUCAAGUGGAAUUACUAUGAAGGCUUUUUGUAUCCCAGUUGUACCGGAUCUCACCUUCGAAGCGUGUGUAUUUAUGGAGCUGCAGAAUUAAGGUGGCUUAUCAAAGAUGGACAUUGGUUUGCUAACAAAUUUGAUUCUAAGGUGGACCCUAUCUUGAUUAAAUGCUUGACAGAAAAGCUAGAGGAACAACAGAGAGACUGGAUCACUUUGUCCUCAGAAAAGUUAUUUAUGGAUAGAAAUCUCACAACCACAUCAUGAUAGUAAAAUCAGGAUGGAAAUAAGAUCUUGGGUACCUGAUAAAUUGAGUCAAUAUGGAAUUGAAUACUAUACUAUGCCCAAUACUGUUUAAACUCAGUCGUCCCACACUUUACAAGGUGUCCAGAAUUCCUUGCACAAGGGAAAGUGAUCUAGCCUUUGAUGAUAUUAUCCGCAGUUGGUUAGGUUUUUUCAAUGUUUGUUUUUGCUUAUAAUCUCACUGAACUAAGUCAGAAAUCUUAAACAUUCAGUCAGUCAUCAAAUAUUAUUGAGCACCUAGGCACUUUUUUAGAGACUGUGGCUUAUCCUCAUCAUAGCAACCUUGAUAUCUUUAAGUUCGCCACAUAGUAGGAUUCUACUGAAGAAGUUUUUGAAGUAUGUGGUAAUCAUCUGAUCAUGUAAACCACCCAUUUCAGAGUAGUGUUAAGUACUGUGACCAACACUCCACUUGUCUCUUAACUCAGCUUCCAAGACAUUUCUUAACCAUUAGAGCAGAGGAGGAAAGACUCACUACCUCAGAAAAAUCUCAAAGAAUAGUCCAAUUUCCUGCUUGCCAAAGCAUAAUCUGCCUUUUGGUGCAUUACUUGGUCAAUUCAGGGUUCAGGAGACUGUUGAGGGGGGCAUUUAUAGGUGUAUGAAAGUUAAGGAAGGGGGUGAGGAUAUGGGUUGCAACAGGUAGUGCCUAAAGAGGAGUGAAGAGAUUUAUACAACAUUUUUUAUCAUGUUACAAAACAGUAUCAUGAAUGGACUCCUUUUUAAUUCAACUUUUCUUUAAAAUUCAUUUACUGAAUAAAAAUAAGAACUGACUAAUAGCUCCAAGUGUCACCAGAACAUUAAGCCUAAGUCUUCAACUGGUAAGUUACCAUUCUAGGUAAGUUUCUUUACAAUGGAAUACUCCCUAUGGAAUGAUUAUAAUUUUGUUUUACGGAAUUAUCAAGCUAAGAGUCACUAAACUUUCUUGAAAAGGUUGUGUGAAAUAUGACAGCUUUCUAAAUUAAUUCUUAUAGUCAUUUAAAAUGUUUUCAUCUCCAGCAACUGUCCAACUGAAAUCCAGAUAUAAAGUGAUAAAAGCUAUAUGUUUCUUGCAGUCUUUCUCAGCUUAGUUCCAUAGAGGAAAAAAAGCUAAUUUUCCUAAGGACACAGCAAGAAUAUUCAUUAAGGAUAUUUUCUAAAACCCACAUUUGAGAAAGCCACCAAAUGAGUCAUAUACAUAUAUAUAUAUAUAAAACAGAACCACUGUUAGGAUAUCUUUCCUGAACAUUAUGUGUGUGUGUGUAUAUAUACGUGUGUGUGUGUGUGUGUGUGUGUGUGUGUGUAUAUAUAUAUAUAUACACACACACACAAUUCCUACCCCAUUUCACUUCUAGAACCAAUCCCAUUACAGAUAUAUACACACACAUAUCUGUAAUGAAAUUGUUCUAGAAGUGAAAUGGGGUAGGAAUUGUGUGUGUGUGUAUACACACACAAUGUUCAGGAAAGAUAUCCUGACAGUGGUAUAUGUGUGUGUGUGUGUAUAUAUAUAUAUAUAUACACACACACACACAUAUACACACACAUAUCUGUAAUGGAAUUGUUCUAGAAGUGAAAUGGGGUAGGAAUGGGGUUCUGAGAAUAGGCAAUAACAUUUUCACCAGUCUCUUGGGAAGUUGUAGAACUCAUGUAAAAAUUUCUUGGUCACCAUAUGUCUCAAUGGCAGCCUCAGUAAGUAGCGAUGUAGCCUCAGAUAUUAAAGAUGUAGUAAAUCAAGGCCAACAUAGGACAAUUUGGAAGAUUUAAGUAUUACAUAUUUUUAAAUGUGUGUGUUCUAAACAUGAAAUGCAAUUUGCUCAUUUUAAAGUUCAUGAUUAACUGCCAACUGACACCACUUCUCGCUGCCUUUCUUCUCUUGAACUCGUUUUUAUUUACCCCCUUCAAAUUACUUCAUUCUUCAGAAACAGCUAUUAGCAAGCCCCAUUCUUCAAAAUGAGUAAACAUUGUAUAGAGCUAAGUUCUGCCAAAGAUCCAUACUGGUUCACUCACGUAUGACUGUGGACAGGUAGGUCACUUCGUUCUCUAUGAACCUCAGUUUUCCAGGUCUUCAAAAUAAGCACUUGGAUGCCUAUCCUGACUUCCUCACAAGUUUUUUUGUGAGAAUCGAUUGAAAUAGUAUAUGAAGUGGUUUGAAAAGAGGUACAAACUAUUGAAAUGUCAGAGAGUGAUACCUGUAGUAAUAUAAGGCAAACAAAGGUCCAACUCCAUAUAAAGACUUAAACAUUUACCUUUUCUGAAAAACCACUGAAAUAUAAAAAGAGGCCCCAGUUACAGGGGCAACGUCUGUAACCAAAUCCAGAUCUGAGGAAACCCCUGGAACCCCAUUUGGGGUUUCUUUCUAAGCCAAUAGGAUUAACAGGUUGGUGCAGUGGCUUACAUUGAGAAUGGGGCUAGAAAUACUUUCCCACUAUCUAGGAUGAAAUACAUGAGAUCCAGAUGAAAUCUUGGUUUUUUUGCCUUUGGUCAUGAGAACAAAUGUAAAUGCUGAGAAACAAAUAACCUCCUGAUCCAAUGUCUUGCCUCCUGGUGAGAAAUUAUUCUAUUCCCUGUUUAUUGGGAAACUUCCCAAGUUGUUCAUCACUUGAAUGCCAUAUUCAAAGGGAACAUGGAAGGAUGAAGAGGAGAAAGUGCCUUCGAGACGUUCACACAUUUCUCUGGACUCAGUUUGUUAACAUUUCAGGGAGCUUGUCAGAUCACACCUUUUUGCCUUGGAAAUCCUGCAGAUUUCCUGUACGCCUUCAUAUCUGAUUCUUCCCUAAAACUUUUGGGUAUGAUUUCCUCGUUCUUGAGAAUGUCCUGCAGUCUGUGUUUUAUAAUUAUUCUUUGUAUAGUAUUUAUUGAAUUUAGACUCUAAGUUAUUCAGAGAUCACACCAGAACCUUAGAGUUUCUAAAUCGUAUGUGGAUAUUAAACAAUAUUAAUAAUGAAAGAGCUACCCAAAUAGCCUAUAUUAUGUGAACAAUCUCUUGUAAUAUUAGAUGUAUUUAAAGACCAGUGUUGCUGCUAUUUUUAAUAUUUUGGUUAUUUAAAGUGAAAUGUACAUAUUUAAAUUUGAAGAUUUAUCUUGCCUUUCCAAAUGUGAAGAUAUACCUACAUAUGUCUUGACAUAUUUCAUGUAAAAUAAAAAUGAUAAUCUACUUUGUGAAUGUAAGUGAAUGUAUUCUUAUGUAUGUUAUUACAAAUGAUUUUUGUUUGCAUUGAUGAUGAAAUGAGAGUUUUGGGUUUUUGUAAUGCAUUUAUAUUGACUGGUCUCUAAAUCGCCUAUUUUGUUUCCUUUCCAUUUUCAAAAUACAGUUCCUGUAACAUUAGUUUUAAAUAGCUUGGUGUUUCAUUUUGUAUUAUGCUGCUACUAGAUGUUAAUUCUCUGGUAUGGUAAAAUAAAAUGUGCUCCAAAACCCUGAA